AUGGGAGCAGAAAGCUCAGUUUUGAGACCUCCGAUGAGACGGGAACCCGAUCGAAAACCAACAAGUGGACCAAGAAGUAACACUCCAUCACAAUACUACGAUGUGAAAAAUACGAAAUAUGUGGAUAGUGAGUCACAAUCAUCUACAUCGUCAUCAGAAUCCACGUCGACUUCUGAGGAUGCAGAUGAGAAGAAAGAGACGAAACUGUUUGAAAAAACAGAAAAAGACCAGAAACAAGCGUCAACUCCAAAUCCAUUGAAAUGUCUAGAAGGUCUCAGUCAAUCGGAAAAAAUUAAAAAAUCAGAAGAAAUGCUCCGUCGAUUGUGGAAACGUCCACAUGCGUCAUGGGAUAAAAUAACUACUGUAACAAGUGUGACAACUGAUAAAACAAAUACAGAUGGUCAAGUUAGCGAUGAAGUCAAUCGAGAAGUGGAUCACAAUGUGGACAAACUAAUUUAUGAUGUUCCAAUCGAAUACUGUCAUCUCCGAGUUCCUCGAAGCAGAACUGCUCGAUCUUGUCCUGAUCCAUGGAGAAAGCACGGAGCACAUGUGAAGUUGUGUGAAAUCGGAGGAUGGAUGCCCGAGAACAGGAAUAAGAACUCCAGAGCAACGUUCGUUCGAAAAGGAUCUACUCCACCCCCUCCACCGAGAACGAAACCACUUCAGACAGUAGAAGACUAUAUGAAAUUGUUCAAAAAGUGA